UGCGUAAAGAGCGCAGAGCGGCAGCGCAGCAGAGAGACCGUCUCCACUGUCCACUGUGUCCUCCACCGCCGGGAUUACCGUUUCCUCUCCGUCUGCACAGACCUGCUCUCUAAAUGAAGCUUGGUUCUUCUCCGUGAUUUCUUCGCCAUGAGCUGCCUGGAUGUGAUGUACCAAGUGUUUGGUCCUCAACCUUAUUUCAGCUCCUACAGUCCCUAUCACCACCAGAAACUGGCCUUGUAUACCAAAAUGCAAGAUCCCCAGGACAGCGGCAGCCGGCUCGGCCCCCCGGCGAUCAAAGAGGAAGACAAGGAGCUGCCGCCGGGAGCCGAGUACCUGAGCUCCCGCUGCGUCCUCUUCACUUACUUCCAGGGAGACAUCAGCGCCGUGGUGGAUGAACACUUCAGCCGAGCCCUCAGCCACACAACUUCAUACCCUGCCUCAAGCAGCCACAAGGCCGUAAGAGAUGGAUCAUUCCCUAUGAGCCACAGAAGUUUCCCUCCGUCUUUCUGGAACAGCUCCUACCAGCCUUCGGUCUCCUCCACGCUGGGCAGUGCUCUGUCAGCUCCCCACACAGAGCUCCCCUUCCCUGGGGACCCGUAUUCCUCCGCCUCCCUGCACAGCCACCUCCAUCAGCCCAGCCCCGACUCCUGGCACCCAACCCAUCACCACCACCAUCACCAUCAUCAUCCUUACUCACUAGGGGGCGCUAUAGGCAGCCAGGGUUCAGCAUACCCACGUCCAGGGGUUCACGAGAUGUACGGCUCGGCGUUCGACCCGCGUUACGGCUCUCUGUUGGUGCCAUCUGUGAGGCCUCAUCACCGUUUGACAUCCGGCAGCUCAGUACCCGGACCCAGCGCCUCGCCCUGUGACCUGGGAGGGAAGGGGGAGUCGGGGACAGGUUCAACCUGGAGUGGCGCUUUCACUGGAGCUGGAGCAGAGAUUGGACUCAACAUGGACACAGGUCUGCAGGCACAGGAUAAGAGCAAGGAUUUGUAUUGGUUUUAGAGACUGCUGAGACUCUUCCCCUCCUGCUUCACUCCUACUUCAGCUGUAGCCUCUUUGCUUCACUCCUGCUCUACUCUGUUGCUCUGCUGUUAUUGGAUGACUGACAGAGAAACUGAAAAUCAGUCAGACGGCAGUUUUGUGCUGUAACUGCUUCUGGUCUACUUGCAGCUCGGUGCUACGGCGGACUGUGCAGCAGCAGCGCAGCCCUGCUGAGCUGAAUGCAGACAGUGUGGAUACAAAACAAGCGUGGAAACAAAAGCGGACUCGCAGAGGAGAGAGAGAAUCUGAUCUUGACGGAUGUGGACAAAGACAAGACUCUUUGUGCUUCUGUAACAGGCAGGGACAACAUUCCUAAACUGGAAAAAGUCUGGGGACAGACGGACAGAGACAUGUGUUGUUGAACUCCAAAGACAAGCGCUUGAAGGACUUGGCAGGACCUGCCUCACUGGGACAACUGGGCAACAGACACUGGGAGUGUUAUGGCUGGAGGACAGGCCGUGUUGGUGAUGAGGAGGCUGCACAGCAAGAAUCUGGCCCACUGCGAGGGCAGAAGGAGUCCAAACACUUUGGUUUACAUGGAGUAUUGUUUCAAUGUCAACUGGAAAAAAACAAAAAAAAACACUGUCAGUACUUUACGGCACUGUAAACAUUAAAUUAAAAAGUUUUGACUGAUAACAAAAGAUAUUUAAGUUAUGAUUUCACAAAGUGUUUCAACAGCUGCAAACAACUUAAGCUGUGUCUCCAUUACAUGUGUACAAACUCUAAGCAGGUUUUAAACUUAUUAAAAGAAGAUAAACUACUCAAAACUCAGUACGCAUACAAAGUUGUCUACGAACCUCUUGAUUUACAAGUGUACAGUUGAUGUACAUUAUUGUCCUUCAAUGCAAUGCAAAAAGGAAACGGGGGAGCUGCUGACAGCUGCAGAAAAUAAAAUACACUGGUGAGACAGCCACAGUAAAACUGUAAAAAAAACAAAAAAAAAACAGGAAAAAAUGACAAAGUCUUUGUUUUUCUCUUUGUGAAAUUUAAUUAAAAGUGGAAAAGUCAGUUUGACUAAUGUCCAUUAGGGCACAUGCUAACCAUGUCCAUUUGUAUGGCAGUUGAACAUACGGAUACUGUUUAUAUGAAGUAUGGAAUUGGGACACACUUGUCUCAGUAAGAUGUUACACUGAUUGGGAUGUAAGCAUGGAUUUGGUGAUUUGAAAGUCAAAUUUGGGUUUUGGACUGGUGAUUAUACAAAACAAGCAAUUUAAAGAUGUCACCUUGGGCUCUGGGAAUUUACGACGGACAUUUUUAUCUCAUUGUUCCAGGUCAUAUAUUAAACAAUGAAUGAUGCAAUUAAAAAAAAAAUGGAUUAAUUAAUUAUGAAUAAAAUGAUUAAUCGCAGCCCUAAUUUAAAUGUUAUUCAAACUGUACACACACCUGCUUACUUUGGUCAUAUUACCGACAUUUUAUUAUACAAACACAACUGAUGUCACAACAAACCAAGAAAUGCAUACUGCUGUCGAUAAAACGACCUCAGGUGUUAGGAAUAUUCUGUGUUGCUGGAAUUUUAACAAUGAACGUUUGAAAAGCUGCAGCAGUUGAAGAACGACCAUCAAUGUCGAGUGUCAUCAACUUCUGUUUAAUUUAAAAAUUGUUUGAUGGGCUAAACCGGGUAAACAGAGAGUGUGUCCACAUCAGCAGCAGAAUAAUACUACCUGCAGACUGGAAAGGACUGUGCUAAUCUCUUUGUUCUGGGUAUUUAUGAGACAUCAUUUUAUGGUGAAAGCAGAGAUUAAAAAAACCUUGCAAUGACUGUGUCAACAAAAGAAAUGUAAACUUCACACCAAUGACUGCUGAAAGUUAGAGAAAGAGGGGAGGGGUUCCCCUGAUGAAUGAGGAGUAUGACGGCUAUUUGGAGCCACUUGACUCUUUCACUCCCUACUCCCAUGCAGCUGUCAACGACAACUGCUCUUCAACUCAGUGAACACACUCCUGCUUGCGCGCGCACACACACACACACACACACACACACACACACACACACACAUGCUUGUCUUUAUUACUUAAGGUGGACCACAAUCUUUGAUUUCUUUGUGAGGACCACCACUUUCACUGGAGCCAGAAUGGUGCAAGAAACUAAAAAUAUAUAUUUUACUGCUAUAGUUGUGGGGGCCUGUCCCUGUUGCUAGGCAGAUAUGGAUCUUUAUUUAGGUUUCUCUCUCAGAGUACCCAAAGAGUUCCACUCAAACUAAGACUGCACUAAAGUUUUGUGUAAAUACACACUGUGGAAGUUACUGGAAACAAUCCCAAAACAUGAGAUUAUCCAAGAAUGUUAGUCACUGUUUGACCACUAUUUUACAUUCAAUUCAUUAGAUGGAUAUUAAUCAUAUGCAGCAGUUUCUUGAGCUUGAAAAGGAUAGGACAAUAGAGGAAUCAUAGUUUGGAAUUUAUGCAAUGUUUCUCACUCUGAUGUUUAUCCAGUGUGCUACUGAUUGGGAUUGGUCGAUAGUAACUUAUGUUGGUAAAUUUUAACAAGGUGAAUAACAUAA